AUGCCAUCAAAUCCUGAUCUUGAUACUAAACGCGAACAUUAUCAAAAACUAAUUGAAAAACCAUUGAAAGAAGGUGAUAAAUACGUAUUGAUUGAUGCAAAAUGGUUUGAAUAUUGGAAACGUUUUAUUGGGUUAAUUGCACCCGAUUCACUAUCAGCAUCAAAACAACAAACCGAUCCGCCUGGUCCAAUUGAUUUUACGGGCUUAAUUGACCCGUCGAACAUUAGUCAUGACGAUGGCGUUCAAUUACGCGCAGACGCUGUUGAAGGAAAUGAUUAUUAUAUGAUUCCUUACGAAUUAUAUACUGACCUAUUUUCGAACUUCGGUAAACGAGGAGAAGAAAUCGUACGUUCCGUCAUAUGUGAAAAUGAUAUAACAAAUUUGAUUGAAAUAAGGCCGUUAUUAUUAUAUUUAUGUACCAAUCGUCAUACAGCAAAUAUCAAACCUGUUUAUCGUAGUCGCACAACAACACUCGAGAAAUUAAAACAAGAAAUGAUGAUACAAUUUUCUAUUAAGGGAUUCGAAUACCAAUUUCGUUUAUAUAUGGCAACCGAUGAUUUUCAAUGGGAACUACUUAGUGAAAAUUCGAAAUCCAAAACGCUACAUGAAUUAUCGGUUGUAACGAAGUCCUAUAUUAGUAUUGAAAGUGCUUCAAUGUAUCAAUCAUCAAAAGCAUCAAAUUCAAUAACAUCUGCAAUAGGAACCGGUCAACAUCCACCUGGUCAAUGUGGUUUAUCAAAUCUUGGAAAUACUUGCUUUAUGAAUAGUGCAAUUCAAUGCAUUAGUAAUGUUGGAGAACUAACAUCAUAUUUUUUGAACGAAGAAUACAAACCACAUAUUAACGUUGCAAAUCCAUUGGGUAUGAAAGGCGAAGUGGCCACUGCUUAUGCUGAACUUAUUAAAAAUAUGUGGUCUGGUAAAAAUUCUUAUUAUAUACCAAGAAUGUUAAAAGAAAAUGUUGCUCGUUAUGCACCACAAUUUAGUGGUUAUUCUCAACAAGAUAGUCAAGAAUUUAUAUGUUUUCUAUUAGAUGGUUUACAUGAAGAUUUAAAUUUAGUUAAACAAAAACCUUAUAUUGAAAAAACAGAUGAUGAUGGUAAAAAAAGUGAUCAUGAUUUAGCCCAUGAACAAUGGGAAUAUUAUAGAAAACGUAAUCAAUCAAAAAUACAUGAUAUAUUUCAUGGACAAAUAAAAUCACAAGUACAAUGUUUACAAUGUAAAACAUUAGGACGUACAUUUGAUCCAAUCUGUUUUUUAAGUUUACCAUUACCAAAUAAGAAAAAAUUUCGCAUAUUUAAAAUUGAAUAUGUACGUUUAAAUGGUAAAAUAAAAUAUUAUCAUGUUAAAUGUAAUGAACGUGGACGAAUGUCAAAUUUAAUUAAAGAUUUUGUACAAAAAUUUAUCUCAAAAAAAUCGAUAACAGCAACAAUAGUCGAUAAUGAACAAAAAGAAGAUAAUAUUUUAGGUGAUGAUGAUAAUUUAAAUGAAAAUGAUGAUAAUGAUUUCUUGGAUGAUAAUGAUGAUCAUAUACCAAAACUUGAUCAUAUAUUACCAACAGAAGUCUAUAAUCAUCGUAUUCAUUUACAAUAUUCAGAUGAUGCACUACUAGCAAAUAUCUUAGAACGUGAUCAAAUUGUUUUUUAUGAAGUGCCUGUUUCAUUGAAAAAAGAAAAUAAUGAAACAAUACUAAUGCCAUGUAUAUUGCGUACAAUGGAUAAUAUGCAUCAAAAUUUUGGUCUGCCAUUUUAUUUAAAUAUUCCAAGACAUAAAUGUCAAGGUAAACAUAUUUUAGAAGCAUUACAACAAUCAAUUCAAGUUUAUUUACCAUUAAAUACGCCAUUACCCUCAUCGUCUAUUGUUGAUUCAACAAAACCACCUUUUAUAGCACAUUGUGUCUGUAGUCAAAGUUAUACGCAAACAACAAAAUUAUUAUCUAAUAUUUUAGAUGAAUUAAUUGACUUUUCACGAACAAAUACUACACUCAUUUGUGAUGUUGCUCGACACAUCGUUGAUCAAUAUGAAAAAGAUGAACAACAACGUUUAGAUAAAGAACGUAUAAGUGCAGGUGGUCACAAUUCAUCAUCAACAACAUCGGGUAUGACAACAAGAAGUCAACAACAAAAACAAUCACCAAUAACUCUGUUAGAUUGUUUUAAACAUUUUACAACAAAAGAAACAUUAUCCGAUCAUGAUCAGUGGUAUUGCCCAACGUGUAAAGAAUUAAAAGAUGCCACAAAAAAAUUUGAUUUAUGGUUACUACCAAAAGUAUUAAUUGUGCAAUUAAAACGCUUUAAUUAUACUCGAUAUUUUCGUGAUAAAAUUGAUUUAUUUAUUGAUUGUCCAAUACAUGAGUUAGAUUUAUCACAAUUUGUAUUAAAUCCUGAUGAAAAACAAAAUGCCAAAUAUGAUUUGAUUGCCGUAUCUAACCAUAUGGGUGGUUUAGGUGGUGGUCAUUAUACAGCACAUGCAAAAAAUUUUCUAAAUCAAAAAUGGCAUACAUUCGAUGAUAGUUCUGUAUCCAGUAUUGAUGAACAAAAUGUUGUGACAAAAUCAGCCUAUGUACUCGUUUAUCAACAACGUCAUCAAAAUACUAACAAUGAUUUUUAUGAUGUACUUCCCGAAGUAUUAUCUGACAUUGAUGCUGCUGAUUACGUGGCAAUUGAUGGAGAAUUUACUGGUAUAUUAUCUUUUGAAAAAAUGAAUUAUUUUGAUACUCCAGCUGAAAGAUACAAACGACAUUAUGAUUGUGAUAAAAAUUAUUUGAUGAUUCAAGUUGGUUUGGCGAUGAUUCGUUGUAUUAAUCCACUUGAAAAUAGAUACGGAAUGAAAGCAUACAAUUUUUAUAUAUUUCCAGAAAACGAAAAUGAUGCCGUUAAUUUUUCAUCCAAAAGUUCAUCCUUGCAAUUUUUGGCUGCCAAUCGUUUUGAUUUUAUACAAUUAUUUUUAAAAGGCAUACCAUUUGUUUGUAAAUCAACGUGUCUAGAGAAACUACAAAAAACACCAAAACAUCGAUAUAAUAAUAAAACAUUAUCAGAUGGAAGUAGCAAAGUCGAAACAUCUAAUGAUGGUAUCAACAUUCAGGACUCUGCUUCAGCAAGCGCUGAUAAUUCGACAUCAUCGAAGAGUUCAGAGGCUUUAUUAUCGAAAGAAAUGGUUGGAUUUUCUGAAGUCAUAUGGAUAAUUGAUUCCAAAACUGUCGCAUCGACAUCAAUAUUUCAGGGAAUUAUUUCAAAUACAUCACUUAGUUCAUUGUACAAAUGUGUUCGAGAGCCACCAUUUCAACAAUGUCGAUUCGAAACACCUGAAAAUUUUCGAUAUAGUACCAGUGAAAUGGAACAUACGGCUGGCUAUGAUGCGACAAUGACAGGCAUUUGUAUAGCAAAAUUACUUAGUUUCAUCGCGCAUAAAGCAAGUUUUGAAGACAAUCCGAUUAAUCAUACGUUAGUCCAAUCGUUUAUGGGAAAAUUGUAUUUUAUGCGUUCAUUUGAUCUGAAAUAUAUUGAUAUAGUCAAUGACGAUGAAAUUCCUGAUCGUGGGGGAUUAUUUUAUGUCUCUCAUCCUAAAUCAUGGUCAAACGCAAAUGUAAAAGCAUUUUUUCAAAAAUUUGAAUAUUUGGCAUCAGAUCGAUACGAUUCAAUAUCUCAUGUUGUCGCCAUAUCAAUGAAAAAGCAGACAAUUUCUUCCAUUAUAACCAAGGUAAAAGCAGUCGAUCAAAGUUUAACGAUUAUACCCUAUGCUGAAUUUCAAAAUAUUGAUACAUCAAAACAAAAUGUCAAACAACAAUUAAAUCCGUUAUUUGAUUUUGAUACAUCGAGAAAACAAAAUAAGCGAUCAACGGCAGAUGCUUCAUUCGACAUAGACGCACCAAUAUCAACAACAACAGAGAUCUCAAAUACUCAAUCGACUGAUAACGCUCGUCGUAGUCAACAACUCGUCUCUUAUGCUGACGUACCAUCACCGAUCGAAAUAUCAGAUAAAACAAUAUCUUCAACGAAAAAUGAUGCGAAACGAAAAAGAUUAUUUGAUUAUGAUGAUGAAUUAUCAUGGUGA